AUGGCGUCUUUCAACCUACCAUACUUAUUCAACGGCCCAUUUGAUACCGAGUCGGACCUGAAUGAAGCUAUGGUAGCCAGAUAUGUCGAAGAAGGCCUUUCUAUAUACAAGGCAGAGCAUUUCUCGCCAGCCUUCAAGGAUGUCUUCCAGAACCGCGCCCCAGUUCUCACGCAUGCAAAUAUCCAGCGGAAGAAUAUCAUGCUCCGAAACCCCCUGACGACAACAGAAAACGGCGAAGUCCACUGGGACACAACGGACCUAGAGCUCGUGAUUAUCGACUGGGAGUUCUCUGGGUGGUAUCCCAGUUACUGAGAGUAUUCAAGAGCACUGUUUGGGUGCGGUCCAUGGAAGGAUGACUGGAUCUACUGGAUCGAGCGAACGCUGGAGCCGUUUCGAUCCGAAUACGCCUGG